AUGACCGUUACGGCGCGCGGGAGGAGCGGCGGCGGGGCCGGGAUGGAGGAGAAGUGCGACGCGCCGGGGCUCGGCUUCCUGGGCCUCGACCGGAUGCGCGUCCUCCUGCCGCCGCUCCGCCUGCCGGAGAAGCUGUCGGCCAGCAGGACGCUGCGGACGCACCUCUUCACCAACUACCGGAUGCGCAAGGUGCGGGACAGCUCCAGGUGGCUCAUCCCGCUCUGGGUCAGCAUCUGGGUCUUCAUCGCCUCCCUCAUCUACCUCCGGAUGAGCUACCAGGCCGUCGAGAAGCGCCGGGAGUUGCUCGCCAUCAUGUGCGACGACCGCGCGCGCAUGCUCCAGGACCAGUUGAACGUCAGCAUGAACCACCUCCAGGCGCUCGCCAUCCUCGUCUCCACCUUCCACCACUCCAAGACACCCUCCGCCAUCGACCAGAAAACGUUCGCCUGGUACGCGGAGAGGACGGCGUUCGAGCGGCCGCUCACGAGCGGGGUCGCGUACGGGGUGAAGGUCACGCACGCCGAGCGGGAGCAGUUCGAGCGCCAGCAGGGAUGGAGCAUCAAGAAGAUGUACUCCUCCAAGACCAAGAAGCAGUCGCAGGGACCAGGAAACGCCGAGGACGCCGAGGUGCGGGAGCCGGCGGAGGAGUAUGCUCCCGUAAUCUUCGCGCAGGACGCCUACAAGCACGUCAUCUCCUUCGACUUGCUAUCCGGCGCCGAUGACCGCGACAACGUGCUCCGAGCUAGAGAAUCUGGGAAGGGUGUUCUUACUGCUCCUUUCAAGCUGCUCAAUAAUCGCCUCGGAGUGAUCUCCACCUACGCUGUGUACAAGUAUGAGCUUCCCCCAAAUGCCAGGCCACAGGAGCGCAUUCAGGCUGCUAUAGGCUAUUUAGGUGGCAUAUUUGACAUUGAAGCGCUUGUUGAUAAGUCGCUUCACCAGCUCGCGGGCAAGCAAUCCAUCAUGGUGAACGUGUAUGAUACUACUAAUGAGAAACCGAUCAGUAUGUAUGGUUCGAAUGAUACAGGCAGUGGCAUGUGCAAGGUCACACUGAACUUUGGUGACCCGACAAGGAAGCAUGAGAUGCACUGCAGGUUCAUUCAGAGCCCACCUUGGCCUUGGCUGGCAAUAACGACAUCAAUUGGAAUUUUUGUGAUUGGUUUACUGGUUGGAUACAUAAUUUAUGCUACUGCAAAACGGAUUGCCAGAGUUGAAGAUGACUUUCAGGAGAUGAGUCUGCUCAAGAAGCGCGCAGAGGAUGCAGAUAUUGCCAAGUCACAGUUCUUGGCUACUGUUUCUCAUGAGAUUAGAACUCCAAUGAAUGGUGUUCUAGGGAUGCUCCAAAUGCUCAUGGAUACUGAUUUGGACACAACACAACAAGACUAUGUUAGAACCGCACAAGCCAGUGGCAAAGCUUUGGUAUCUCUCAUCAAUGAGGUUCUUGAUCAGGCAAAGAUCGAGUCUGGUAAACUUGAGCUUGAGGCAGUACCCUUUGAUCUUAGAACAGUUUGUGAUGACAUUUUGUCUCUCUUCUGUGGGAAAGCUCAGGAGAAAGGACUGGAGUUGGCAGUGUUUGUUUCUGACCAAGUUCCACAAACACUAAUUGGCGAUCCUGGCAGAAUAAGGCAAAUCAUUACAAAUCUUGUCGGAAACUCUAUAAAAUUCACGGAGAAGGGUCAUAUCUACUUGACUGUUCAUGUCGUUGAGGAGAUUAUGCAUUGUUUGGAGGUUGAGACCGGAACUCAAUAUGCAAAUACCUUAAGUGGGUACCCAGUGGCAAACAGGAAGCGCAGUUGGGAAAACUUUCGACUUUUUAGUAGGGAACUGAACUCAUCCGAGAUGCCUUUUGCAACCAGUGCAUCGGACUCAAUAAGCUUGAUAAUAUCAGUUGAAGAUACGGGUGUUGGAAUCCCGUCCGAUGCUCAGUCCCGUGUCUUCACCCCUUUCAUGCAAGUAGGUCCAUCCAUUGCUCGCAUCCAUGGGGGCACUGGCAUUGGAUUAAGCAUCAGCAAAUGCUUGGUCGGCCUCAUGAAGGGAGAGAUUGGAUUUGCAAGUAAACCCCAAGUCGGUUCUACUUUCACCUUCACUGCGGUGCUUACGAGGGCCCAUUCCAGCGUAAACGAGAAUAAAUCGUCAGAGUUUAAAGGGAUCAAUGCAUUGGUGGUAGAUCAUAGACCGGUCCGUGCGAAGGUUACUAAGUACCAUUUGCAGAGAUUGGGAGUUCACAACGAAUUGACAACUGACCUAGAUCAGUACAUUUCUAAAAUUAAUUGUGGAUCACAGAUUGCAAAGCUUGUGCUCAUUGACAAAGAAACUUGGCUGAAGGAAUCCCACUCUCUGCCUCUUUUGGUUACUAAAUUGAGGAACAAAGAUCAACCAGACUCUACAAAGUUAUUUCUUUUGGAGAACCCUAAAAGUUCUGUCAAAAGCAAUUCUCAUAUAUUCAGGGAAUAUAACUUGAAUGUAAUUAUGAAGCCACUUCGUGCAAGCAUGCUUCAGGUUUCCCUACAAAGAGCAUUGGGUGGGAUAGAUAAACUGCAUUGCAGGAAUGGGGUAGUUGGCAAUUCAAUACUGGGCAGCCUUCUUCGCAAGAAACAAAUCAUAGUGGUUGAUGACAACAUUGUAAAUCUCAAGGUUGCUGCAGGCGCUCUGAAGAAAUAUGGCGCAGAAGUAACUUGUGCUGAUAGUGGGAAGAAAGCAAUCACACUGCUGAAACCUCCUCACAGUUUUGAUGCUUGUUUCAUGGACAUACAGAUGCCCGAAAUGGAUGGAUUUGAAGCCACAAGAAGGAUUAGAGUGAUGGAAAGAGAUCUAAAUGAGCAAAUAGAACGUGGAGAAGCCCCACCGGAAUGCGCAGGGGUCCGGCAGUGGCGAACUCCAAUAUUAGCCAUGACAGCAGAUGUUAUCCAGGCGACACACGAACAAUGCUUAAAAUCUGAAAUGGACGGUUAUGUUUCCAAGCCAUUCGAGGGCGAGCAACUGUACAGAGAAGUAGCUCGCUUUUUCCUAAAUCAAGACCAAGUUCAGUAG